AUUGUGUCAACUCAUGAUAAUGAUAAUUGUACUCAAUUUUACAAAUGCGACAACGCUAAAAAAAUACUACAUCAGUGUCCCCAGGGACUAUUUUACAAUCCGGAACAGAGUUACUGCGACUGGCCGCAAAACGUGAAUUGUGUAAAGAACACAACGAUGGCACAACUUUCGGUUUUGUUCAAGAGUAGAGCCGUCGAUAGUCAGAGGUUUUGUCCCUUGGAGAAUCCCGAUAAAAAUAUUCUGUAUCCUCAUGAAUCUAACUGCUCGAUAUUUUACAAAUGUUUCAAUGGACACUUAGUACCACACGCAUGUCCGCCAAAUUUAUAUUACAACCCGGAUAGGGAGUAUUGUGAUUGGUCCAGUAAUGUAAAGUGUUAUGCUGAAUCGCAAACCGAGGGAAAUAAUCUGGUGGAUUGCCCUUUAGAAAAUCCAGAGCAAGACAUUCUAUACCCUCAUGAGUCUAAGUGCAACGUCUUCUACAAGUGUAGCAAUGGAGAGAAGGUACCAGUUGAGUGUUUUCCCGGUUUGUAUUUCAACCCAAAGAAGAAUUUUUGUGAUUGGCCUGAAAAUGUAACCUGUGCCCAGUAAAUAGAAUUGAUAUUGAAAUAUUCAACCUGUAAAUUAUACCUAAUUAAAUAGACC